AUUACUUGUAUGUGCACAAGUUCCUAGGAGCAUACGAAUCGUAUUGAAAGCACUUGAAGAAAUCAGUUGGUCAACGUUUUUACAACGAUGAAAUACUUUGCAAUUUUCGUGGUCUUUGGUCUGUUUGCCUUGUCGCAAGCAUUACCAGUCGAGGAGUCCAAGGAAAAAAGACUUUUCUUCAACAAGGAAACUCUUUACGAGAUUGUUGGCUAUGCAAAAGGCGCAUGCGAAAAAAUAAAGAAAGAUACUACAUCAACUCCCAACCCAUUGAUUGCAAGAGCCUGUGCUUGUCUCAGUUUUACGACUGGCAUUGUUUCUCUCUUUGAUGACGAGAGUGGUGUCGAGGAAAAGCGAUUCUUCAUAAGCUUCAAAGAUUUGAUCGCAAAAGUGCAGAAUAUGAUCGAUAAAGUUUGCAAUGAAACAUCAUCACGUCUACUGGCAAAUCUCGUCUUAUCCGAAAAGGUUAAAUACGAUGAUCUCUGCAAAUGUAUUUCGUUCUAGCAUGGCAACGGUUCAUGGACAACGUUAUCGAGAUGAAAAGAUAUAUCACAAAUAUUUAGUGGAAUUGAAAAUAGAAGUAAAGUGUAUGGGUGAUUGAACUCAAUAAAAUGCAUUUAAAA